GGCUCUGGGCACUUCCCUCCCACCGCCUCGCCGACGGCCCGCUGGGACCAGUUGGCCGCCUCCCGGAGCCACGGGAGCCUGAGCUGAUACCGUAUUGAGUGAGUAAGGCAUAUAUUGUUUCCAUCCCAGUGCCUUUGGAAGCUCUCAGUCAGGUGGUGUUCAUGACAGUUACCACUUCCUGCACAUGCAGUGACAUGACAACCUGAAGAGGUGUCCACAGCUCAGAAGAAAAUUCUGGAGACAAGAGUGAAGCACUCUUUUAAGAGGUGCUGUAUCACCCACACUUGAUGAUGGAUUUGCGGGCAUGGAGAGCGUGUGGAAGGACCGAGUCCUUGUUGGCAGAGGAGGUUGGCUGCUGAGCCAGGGCGUGUCUCCAGGAGGCCUUCCAGGCUGCCUGGAUCCCCACCUCGCCACCAUGGGCCGGCCAGGCUGGUCAGUUUCCAGCCCAUGACGUGGUCACGGUUCCCUGCCACAGCCAUGGGGAGCAAGUCGCGGGCUCCCGGCACCACCCUCGGGCCGCAAGACGCCUCUGUCCUGGGAGGGGUUGACUCCGGCCCCCCUGGGCCCCCAGGCUGCACCCAGUCCCCCACCGCUUUGCACCCAAGCUUUCUGGCCUCUGAAGGGGAAACUGUGCAGCGGUCCUCUGGGGUGACAGUAAAUGGCGGCCAGGACUCUCUUAAUAGCGAGCACUGUCCAGGUCAGUGUGUACUGAGUCCCCAGGUGCCAGGAGCAUUCACACGGUGGCAAGCUCUGUCUGCCGGGCAGGAUGGCAUAGUGGAGAGAACACAGACUUUGGAGCCAGGCGGCCUGGGUUCAAACCCCGCCCUGCCACUUGCUGGCCAGAGGAGUCUGCAUGAGUUACCAGACUUCCGUGCCUCAGUUUCCUCACCACAGGGUGGCUGCGAGUGUCUAAUGAGUUAAUAUGUGUGAAAUGCUGAGAAGGUUGCCUGACACGUGCAUGGUGGGUAGUCAGUAUUCACUGAAUGAAUGAAUAUAACCCUCGCUCCAGUAUUACCGUCUUGCUGCUGGUUCAGGCAGACCUGGGGCCCCUCAUGUCCCAGGCAUUCACACAGUCCCACCGCAAGCCUCUCUUGUUCCUUCCGGCCUCUUGCAAGGCACCCAAGAGUGUUCCUGCCCCUGGCCAGCAGCAGCCUGGGCAUCACGAGAGAAUGAGAGUCCAAGGGCAGCAGCACUAGUCAAGUCACAGACUAUACAUAGCACAACCUCCCUGUCCCUUUCCCUCUAGGCAGGGGCUGGGGAAGCCAGGGGCCCAGGACACCCCGUCUUGUCUUGCCCAAGGGCUUCGGGACCCGGCCAGCAUGCCCACGUGCCUAGGGUCCACCCGGCCUGCGCCUGAGCGAGCUUGGCUGCCAGCACCCAGGCCCCCCAGAGCCCCAGGCCUCCUGCUAAAAGUCCCUGUGGCUGCUGGCAUUUCUUCCUCUUGGACCAGCUCUAGGCCCGGCUGGUGGAACUGAAUGGGACCGAGAGGUGCAUGCACUGGGCCUCAGAUCAUAGGCUACCAGCCUGGUAGUUCAAAGGGGACAGGCCUUGCCAGGCCGAGAGGCCAGACCCUGCCCUGGGCCCACGUUGGCCGCACGUCGUAGGUGGUGCUGGCCCAGCCCUUGGGGAGCUCACAGGUAUGUCACAGAGUGAAAGGGACCCUGCUCAGACCUCAGUCCGUGGCCCGCUGCCCCCAUUUUACAGAUGAGGACGGAGGUGGGGCUCUGACCACCUGGCAGGCCCGUGGGCUCUGGAAGCCGGCGUCGGCUGUGGCUGUUUGUAGGAAGUGUCUUUCUUGGGUCAGGGAUGCCAGUGGCCUGCCCGAAUGCGGUGGUCGUCUCUUACAGACCAGCCGGUUCCUGCUGGAGUCUCCUGAUAUCAUCUGGGGAGAUGACGUCCAGGCCCCCCGACUGCCUGCUGCAGCUGCUCCGGGGUGCCCAGAGGCAGUGGGUCUGCACCCUGUUCAUCAUCGGCUUCAAGUGCAUGUUUUUGGUCUCCGUCAUGGUCUACUGGCACAUUGUGGGAGAGCCCGGGGACCAAGGACAGUUCUCUAACCUGCCUGCUGACAUACCCUGCCCGCGCUUGGUCCCGUACACACCGCCCUCCGGCACCCCACCUCCCGGCAACAUCUUCUUCCUGGAGACUUCUGACCGGACGGACCCCAAUUUCCUGUUCAUGUGCUCCGUGGAGUCAGCAGCCAGGGCCCAGCCUGAGUCCCGGGUGGCGGUCCUGAUGAAGGGGCUGCCCGGCGGGAACGCCUCCCUGCCCCGGCACCUGGGCCUCUCGCUUCUGGGCUGCUUCCCCAACGUCCAGAUGCUCCCGCUGGACCUGGAGGAGCUGUUUCGGGACACGCCCCUGGCAGCCUGGUACACGGCCCUGCAGCAGCGGUGGGAGCCCUACGUGCUGCCUGUGCUCUCCGAUGCCUCCAGGAUUGCGCUCAUGUGGAAGUUUGGAGGCAUCUACCUGGACACGGACUUCAUCGUCCUCAAGAACCUGGGGAACCUGACCAACGCGCUGGGCACCCAGUCCCGCUAUGUCCUCAACGGCGCCUUCCUGGCCUUCGAGCGCCACCACGAGUUCAUGGCGCUGUGCAUGCGUGACUUCGUGGCCCACUACAACGGCUGGAUCUGGGGCCACCAGGGCCCGCAGCUGCUCACGCGGGUCUUCAAGAAGUGGUGCUCCAUCCGCAGCCUGGGCGAGAGCCACACCUGCCGCGGCGUCACCACCCUGCCCUACGAGGCGUUCUACCCCAUCCCCUGGCAGAACUGGAAGAAGUACUUCGAAGACGUCAGCCCCGAGGAGCUGUCCCGGCUGCUCAAUGCCACCUACGCUGUCCACGUGUGGAACAAGAAGAGCCAGGGCACGCGCUUCAAGGCCACGUCCAAGGCACUGCUGGCCCAGCUCCACGCCCGCUACUGCCCCACGACGCACAAGGUCAUGAAGCUUUACUUGUGAGGGCCCUGCCUGCCUGGCUCCCUCUCUGCGCCCGGCGUUCUGAAGGAAAGGGCUCGGCCCCCCUUCCUGGGGAGACCGGAGCUGCUGCAGCGCGGGAUCUGGGGCAGGCAGCAGGGAGGGCGGGGAACUGUCGGCCCAAGAGCUGUUA